AUGAUGGCGGCAGAUGAGGGGCCAUCUGACCUCAAACCCUUCCCCGUCUCUGAGACUCUCGACUGCGCCAUCUCUUCCAGACCUCCCACCCCCAUGGAGUUCACGUUGAGCUCUUCUCGUAUCCCUGUCACUGCCGAAUUGAGAUCAUGAUGGGGAAAAUUAUCCUCAUGUUAUGUAGUGUCAUUUUGAUAUACGGCCGGGGGAAUUAUGGGCCUUUUAUGUCAGUCGGCUCUUACUGAAUCAAUUUCCUCAAACUGACAAUCACCGCUGAGCAGUAUCCAGGCAGAUGUUCUCAACAGAGCCUCACUCAGUGUGAACUAAGGCAGCAUCAGUAUUAUGUAGAGUGACAUAAGCGUGUUUGUAAGUGGUCAUUAUCCGUGCAAAGAAUCACACCAAUUACCUGAGCACGAAACCUUUUAGUCACGGUAGACUAAUGAGAGAGAGAGAAGAUGUUACUGUUGUUCUCCAGAAUAUGAGAAAAACAAUAGAUAAGUGGAGAAUAAGUGGGGGUUCACUGUUGCUUUGAUUGCAUUGAGGAUGCUGUGUAAGAAUUUACCAACAAGACUUGAGUUACUGUAGUCUGCAAGUGAAGAAGUACAUGCUCAGAGUGCAUACUCGUGCUUGCAGAGGCUAAGUUGGGCCCUUUUGGUGUUGUUCCAAGAAAAUGUUGUCUUUCCAUCAUUAUCAUGAACAGGGGCCUUUUUGGUUUUCACAGUAUGAUGUCUCUCAUUCUUGUGGGACACAGUUCAUUUGGGUUUCCCCUAAUCUCACCCCAGGGUGUUAGGUGUGGUAGCAGCCGUCGUGAGGAAGUAGCAAUUGCCAAAUAUACCUUAACACUGGUCUAAUAUUAUUUUGACCCAGUUAUGACUGUUGUGUAAAUAUAUCAGACUGCUAAAAGAUUAAUCUGAGAGUGUGUUUGUGUGUGUGUGUGUGUGUGUGUGUGUGUGUGUGUGUGUGUGUGUGUGUGUGUGCGUGUGUGUGUGUGCAUGUGUGAGUCUGUGCCUUUGUGUACGUGUUUGUGUCUGCAUGCGUGUUUGCCCCUGUCUUUGCUUCUUUCCGUACGUGUUCAAUUCACUCAGCACAGCACCAGUCCUUAGUUACCACCAUAGGCUGUCCUCUAUUACAGCACCAGUCCUUAGUUACCACCAUAGGCUGUCCUCUAUUACAGCACCAGUCCUUAGUUACCACCAUAGGCUGUCCUCUAUUACAGCACCAGUCCUUAGUUACCACCAUAGGCUGUCCUCUAUUACAGCACCAGUCCUUAGUUACCACCAUAGGCUGUCCUCUAUUACAGCACCAGUCCUUAGUUACCACCAUAGGCUGUCCUCUAUUAUAACACCAGUCCUUAGUUACCACCAUAGGUUGUCCUCUAUUAUAGCACCAGUCCUUAGUUACCACCAUAGGCUGUCCUCUGUUACAGCACCAGUCCUUAGUUACCACCAUAGGCUGUCCUCUAUUACAGCACCAGUCCUUAGUUACCACCAUAGGCUGUCCUCUAUUACAGCACCAGUCCUUAGUUACCACCAUAGGCUGUCCUCUAUUACAGCACCAGUCCUUAGUUACCACCAUAGGCUGUCCUCUAUUACAGCACCAGUCCUUAGUUACCACCAUAGGCUGUCCUCUAUUACAGCACCAGUCCUUAGUUACCACCAUAGGCUGUCUGUCCUCUGUUACAGAGCUGUCAUCAUAUGGAGCUAUUAAAAAUAAUAAUUAAAUAACUGCUGACUGAAGACUUUUGCAGGAUAUUGACAGGCUAGAUUGGAUUGGCUGGCUGGCUGGCUGGCUGGCUGGAUGUGGUGUGAGAGGAUAGACUAACGUUGCAUUCACACACAGUCCUGAGGACGAUGGAUGACCCUGACAGGAAUAGAUAAAAGAUCUGAGUGUAAUGGCCAGAGGAUGCCUGACACACACACACACACACACACACACACACACACACACACACAACACAUAUGUGUAUGAAUAUGUACACACACAAACACAGUCACACAGAGACACACAAUCUCACACACACCAAGUUCUUGAUUGCUGUUUUAUCCCUUAUUUCCCCACAGAUAAACCUACAGAGGAGGAUGCGGGUCACAGGCCUAAUUACCCAGGGUGCAAAGCGCAUCGGCAGCCCAGAGUACGUCAAGUCUUACAAAGUGGCCUCCAGUGAUGAUGGCAAGACCUGGAGGACAAACAAAGUCAAGGGCACAGACGAGGACAUGGUGAGACACAUACACACACACACAGCAACUGGAGAUCACACACCAAGUCAAGGGCAGAGUGGAGGACAUGAUGAGAUGGCUUUUUAAUUAGCCAGCUCACCCCGGGCUCAUCUUCCUAGCACUUACCCCCCUCCACUUUUUAUGACUUUUAGAUUGCAUUUUAUACUAUUUGGGGAUAAACGGCCACCAAAUAGGCUCCCCGGCACUCUGUCAUUUUUGACAGCGCACUAUGUCCCCGGUCCCGUCCUCCAACCAGCCAUCCCCCUUUUGACCCCAGCCUCCAAUGGAUUGAGACAUGGAUUGUGCACGUGUACCAUUCAGAGGGUGAUUGGGCAAGGCAAAAAAUGUAAGUGCCUUUGAACGGGGUAUGGUAGUAAGUGCCAGGCGCACCAGUUUGUGUCAAGAACUGCAACGCUGUUGGGUUUUUCAUGCUCAACAGUUUCCUGUGUGUAUCAAGAAUGGUCCACCACCCAAAGGACAUCCAGCCAACAUGACACAACUCUGGAAGGAUUGGAGUCAACAUGGGCCAGCAUUCCUGUGGAACAUCUUUGACACCUUGUGGAGUCCAUGCCCCGACGAAUUCAGGCAGUUCUGAGGGCAAAAGGGGGGGUGCGUCUCUAUAUUAGGAAGGUCUUCCUAAUGUUUGGUAUCCUCAAACAUAGACAGUACCAGUCAAAAAUUUGGACACACCUACUCGUGCAAGUUUUUAUUUUAUUUUAUUUUUUACUAUUUUCUACAUUGUAGAAGAAUAGUGAACACAUCAAAACGAUGAACUAGCACAUAUGGAAUCAUGGAGUAACCAAAAAAGUGUUAAACAAAUGAAAAUAUAUUUUAUAUUUGAGAUUCUUCAAAUACCCACUCUUCUCUCAACAAGCUUCACCUGGAAUGCUUUUCCAACAGUCUUGAAGGAGUUCCCACAUAUGCUGAGCACUUGUUGGCUGCUUUUCCUUCACUCUGCGGUCCGACUCAUCCCAAACCAUCUCAAUUUGGUUGAGGUCGGGGGAUUGUGGAGGCCAGGUCAUCUGAUGCAGCACUCCAUCACUUUCCUUCUUGGUCAAAUAGCCCUUACACAGCCUGGAGGUGUGUUGGGUCAUUGUCCUGUUGAAAAACAAAUUAUAGUCCCACUAAGCCCAAACCAGAUGGGAUGGCAUAUCGCUGCAGAAUGCUGUGGUAGCCAUGCUGGUUAAGUGUUGGCUACCACAGCAUGAAUUCUUCACAGACAGUGUCACCAUCAAAGCACCCCCACAGCUUAACACCUCCUCCUCCAUGUUUUACGGUGGGAAAUACACAUGCAGAGAUCAUCCGUUCACCAACACCGCAUCUCACAAAGACACGGCGGUUGGAACCAAAAAUCUCAAAUUUGGACUCCAGACCAAAGGACACAUUUCCACUGGUCUAAUGUCCAUUGCUCGUGCUUCUUAGCCCAAGCAAGUAUCUUCUUAUUAUUGGUGUCCUUUAGUAGUGGUUUCUUUGCAGCAAAUCGACCAUGAAGGCCUGAUUCACAAAGUCUCCUCUGAACAGUUGGUGUUGAGAUGUGUCUGUUACUUGAACUCUGUGAAGCAUUUAUUUGGGCUGCAAUUUCUGAGGCUGGUAACUCUAAUGAACUUAUCCUCUGGAGCAGAGGUAACUCUGGUACCUCUGCUUUCCUAUGGUGGUCCUCAUGAGAGACAGUUCCAUCAUAGCGGUUGAUGUUUUUUGCGACUGCACUUGAAGAAACAUUCAAAGUUCUUGAAAUGUUCCGUAUUGACUGACCUUCAUGUCUUAAAGUAAUGAUGGACUGUCGUUUCUCUUUGCUUAUUUGAGCUGUUCUUGCCAUAAUAUGGACUUGGUCUUUUACCAAAUAGGGCUAUCUUCUGUAUAACCCCCACCUUGUCACAAGACAACUGAUUGGCUCAAACGCAUUAAGAAGGAAAGAAAUUCCGCAAAUUAACUUUUAAGAAUGCACACUUGUUAAUUGAAAUGCAUUCCAGGUGACUACCUCAUGAAGCUGGUUGAGAGAAUGCCAAGAGUGUGCAAAGCUGUCAUCAAGGCAAAGGGUGGCUAUUUGAAGAUUCUCAAAUAUAAAAUAUAUUUUGAUUUGUUUAACAUUUUUUUGGUUACUACGUGAUUCCAUAUGUGUUAUUUCAAAGUUUUGAUGUCUUCACUAUUAUUCUACAAUGUAAAAAAUAGUAACAAUUAAGAAAAACCCUUGAAUGAGUGGGUGUGUCCAAACUUUUGACUGGUAGUGUAAUAGUUGUUACUCUAACAACUGUAAGAUUAAUGAGACAUGCAAAACACUGAGGUGAGAGACUAAACUCAAAACCCAGUUGUUCAUUUUCUUGCCUGAGAACUUUGAGUCUGACUGUAGGAGUGUGCUAGCCAGAAAGUUGACUCACUGAUGCUCUGACCCAGAGGGACCCCCCUUUUGAGUACACCUCUGUGCAAUGCUGACCUGAAUUAAUCCGGAAAGAGCUGCAUUCCUUAACACACACACAGACACACACACACAAACAUAAACACACGCAUACCUUCACCUGAGAGGGCCCUGUGAAACACUAUAUUAGUUAAUUCUGGGAUAGCACUGUAAAACAGUCUAUAUGGUAUGGCAAGGUAAUUGGUCCACUAAUUCAAAACACGUCGUGUGCUUACAAAUUACCAGCUUAAAUGGUGCGAAAAAUUGUCUAUUUUUCCAGUAAUUCGAGCUCGUUGAUCUUGAAUGGCAGCAAUUUGUUGAGUUUCGAGUCGACACUAGAGACACUGUGAGAGACUGUACACAGAGAGACAAUUUACAGAUAGACAAUUUGCUUCCCCCUUCCUAUCCCUUUUAACCCUUCUUCUGUCCUAUAAUUUUCAUCCUCAGAUAUUCCGUGGAAAUGUGGAAAACAACGCUCCCUCUGCCAACUCCUUUACCCCUCCCAUUGAGGCACAAUAUGUGCGCAUCUACCCCCAGGUCUGUAGGAGACACUGCACCCUGCGCAUGGAGCUGCUCGGCUGUGAGCUCACAGGUGGGUCUAAGUUCCAUAAAGUUCUGACCGUAACCAUUAGGGGUUCAAGCAGAAUAAUUCUUGACUAGAGGUUCCACGGGUGUCGCGCCACCUAGAUGCGGGUAGAAGUUCCCCUUCUUGGAAGAAGAACAGGACAGUUCCUGCAUUUCUCAAGAAGUACGAUAGGGGGCGCCAUUGAGUAUUGUCAAAUCUUAUUUCUUUGGAGGUAUUGUAUUGAAGGUCAUUUGCAGUUGUAGAAAGGACGGUUUCCAGAAACUAUUUUGUUUCUCCAGGCUGCUCUGAGCCCAUGGGGAUGAAGUCUGGCCACAUCCAGGACUACCAGAUCACAGCGUCCAGCCUCUUCAGAACACUCAACAUGGACAUGUUCACCUGGGAACCCAGCAAGGCCCGUCUGGACAAACAGGGCAAGGUCAAUGCCUGGACGUCUGGACGCAGUGACCAGUCCCAGUGGCUACAGGUAAGAGGCUACCCCCCUGCUUCCCAUCUAAGGAAACAUAGGAACAGGAGUUUCUCCUGGCCACAUAAUCUGACCAGGAAAAACAGAGGACUGUAG